ACAGUCAGUCUGUCAGCGGAGCUACUCUGGAGGAAAACCAGCAGAAACUGGAGAGCGCAGAAGAAAGUAAGGAGAAGCUGGAAGAAGACCGGAGUUGGAAAUCUCUUUAACCCUAACCCUAACCCUCAAAGAAAGAGACGGAAGAGGAGAAGUGAAUUAAUCUGUUUCCUUGUGAGGAAGAGUGACGUUAUCAUCAGAGGGACGACUCAGGAAAGAUGGCAUCUUGGUUCAGCUCCUGUUGGAUUUACCUUUGGAUCAUUGUCCUGUCUGGAAGAGUCUCUGCUGAUUUGGCUUCACCGCCAAAUUACACCAUCCAUCACACCAAGGUCAACUUUGACCAGGCCAAGGAGAACUGUUCUCCCAAUGUCCUCACCACCCUCGCCACUGAGCAGGAGGCCACCGAAAUCCUCAGGCUCAUCUCCAGGUCAGUGCUGCCAGAGAGUGAAUUCAUCUUUUGGGUCGGGCUGAGGAAAGCCAAGAACGAGUGUGUCGUCCCUGCGCUGCCACUCAGGGGAUUCAAGUGGGCGAAGGACGGCAGCGAGGAGUCGCAGGUGAGCCGCUGGAUGAAGGAGCCGCAGAGCACCUGCACAACGGUUCGCUGCGCAGCUCUGCAGGUGUUGUUUAAUCAGUCAGCAGUGACAUGGUGGGGUCUGAUCCCAGUCACAUGUAAGAAUUCUUACCAGUUCAUCUGCAAACUGACAAGACGGACAGCUGAGGACAGAAGGACCACUACUACACUUGCUGCACCAGAACCACCUAAACAUGCUGCACCAGAACCACCUAAUCCUGCUACACCAGAACCACCUAAUCCUGAUACACCAGAACCGACUAAACAUGUUGUACCAGAACCACCUAAACCUGCUACACCAGAACCACCUAAACCUGCUACACCAGAACCACCUAAUCCUGCUACACAAGAACCACCUAAACAUGCUGCACCAGAACCCCCAAUCCCCGCAACACCAGAACCACCUAAACCUGCUACACUGGAACCACCUAAUCCUGCUACAAGAGAACCACCUACACCUGCUACACCAGAACCAUCUAAACCUCUUGCACCAAAACCUCCGAAACCUGCUGCAGCUGAACCACCUAGACCUAAUGCACCAGAAACUGGACCACCACUGGGGUCAGACCCGUGUCUGCUCCCCCUUAUACCUGACGCCCGCGCCCUCAGUCUGGACCCUGACAACAGCAGCAGGAUCCAGGUGGAGUGCUGGUCCUACAUCCCGCUGGAGCUCCACUGCUGGGGUCAUCCUGCUGUGUGGCAUUUCGUGGACGACUCCCCUGCUAACUUCACAACCAUCUGCCUACCGUGCAGUGAUGGCUUCCACAAAGACGCUUCUGCAAACUGCGUGGACAUAGAUGAGUGCACCAGUGGCGCCCGCUGCAGGCACACCUGUCUGAACACCGAGGGCUCUUACAGGUGCAUCUGCUCCGACGAGAACGGGAAACACCACGACGAGGGCUCGCCGGCAUGUACGGAUACCAUGGCAACUGAUGACAACAGCACGCUGACGGGCAUCCUGAUCGCCGUGGCGAUCACUGUGGUGGUGCUGGUGGUGCUAGUGGUAGUUAUCCUAGUGGCAGUGAAGUACUGCCUGAUGAGAAGGUCAGAGAAACGUGCCAUGAAGGACUUGGAGAGGAUGGCGAUGAAGAAUAAAGAUGGCAAGGGGGGUGAUGAUGUAAUGUGACUCCCAAUAUCGCGAGACCUGAUGUGAGAAUCUACAUGCCGAUGUCCUGCUGCUGAAAACAAACAAUUACCUGCAACUGAAGUAAGGCAAGGAUUUAAUCUUUCUGAACAAAUCAUCACCUAUAAAAGCUGACAAACUGGAUGAUCUGGAAUAGUACAGCAACAAAUUCUACGAACUCUACACCAUAAAGAUCCACCACAAGCUGCACUCCAUCUGCCAAACGCUAACGCUCACUCACUGAUUCACCCACCCAGACCGACACUUCCAGCUGUUACCCUGAAGUUAGUGACACUCUCAUAUCCAUCGAACACAAACUGUCUGAUCUUGACACCAGGAUUGCCCUCAUUGAAAUAAUACACAAGGGGUUUCAGGAGUUAAACAAGGGUUCAACGAGUUCAGCCACGACCAGAUCCACACACUAACCAAAGAGAACAGUAGAAAACCUCUGUACAAUCACUCACUGCUAACUUAACAACCAAUAAACAAACUAUUGAAAGAGACCAUACUGGACCUGCAGUCGUGAUAGAUGCGAGACAACCUCAUCUUCUCUGGCAGCCCAGAAACCUCCAAUCAUUCCCCCUCCAACCCCAAAACCGAAGUGAAAAACUUUUUGACCACCAAACUUAAGAUCCUUACCAAUACAGCCAGCCAAAUCUCCUUUCACCUUUUACACCGUCUCAGCACCGUAAAAAGGAACACAAACACCCCAGACCCAUAUUUGCCCAAUUCAAACAUUAUAAACACAAAGAACUGGUUAAAAAAAAAGAGAGGGAGCUGAAGGGAACAAACUUCAGGAUGAAUGAUCAAUGGACAAAAGACUCUUUUCCCUGUAUGGAAAUAUUCAUUUAUGUUUAACGUUAUAUGGUCUGUAAUUGUGAUGGUGGCGACAAUCUACAUUAUGAGUUCUUAAAACGAUUAGUGGUGGUAAUGAUCUAUAUUAUUGAUCAUAAUGUAAUGUUGAUGGUGUUGAAGAUGGCAGUGUAAUGAUAAUAAUAGUAUUGUUUAUUAAUAUAUAUAUAUUUUAAAUUUUUAUUAUUACUAUCAUUAUUAUUAUUGUCAUUAUUAUUAUAAUCAUUAUCAUUACUGUUAUUGUCAUUACAGGUAUUUUCUCCAUUAGUAUACCACAAUAUAUUGUAUUAUUAUUAAUAAUAUGCAUGAAAUACAUACAAACUAAACAGCACAUGAGCACAUCAGCAACUUUUGUUUGUUCGUCAUGUCUUGUUUUGUUUCAGUCGUUUACACUUGAUGUCUUUUCUUAGUGUUUCUGUCAUGUCUCAAUGUUUUGUACCUGCAUCACUUAAUAAAAAAUUUAAUUAAAUUAAAAAAAA